CUGUCACCAGACAUUCUCUUUAUUUUGCGGAAUAAGUUCUUUCUAGAAUCAAACUUCGGUUUAAAUAAAAACAAAGAAUUUCACCUGGCAUUACUGUAGGUCUCUCCAGGGUUUAGAUUGGGUUGUUUGUAGUAAAGAAAUGGUUUGAUUGGUAUUGAUUAAGUUAAGUUACUUAAUUUAACCUAAAAAAGAAAUAUAUACAAGUUUUAGCUUUGAAAAAUUUGACCAAAAAUGUUUAAAUAUAAGUAUAUUAGAUAAUAUUCUUACCAGAUUGCCAAGUACCAAACUGGAUGAAAUUGCCAAAGUAAAUUAUUAUUCGAUAAUUGAUGUUGAAACGCUUAGAUUGAUUUUGUGUGUUACUCAGUUUUAUUAUAUAAUGUAAUUACAUAAAUAAUAGAUGAACGAAAAUAGUUUUAACUGAAAUCCCUAAUGACAUUAAAAAUUAACAAUAGACAAUUUAAUAAUACACAGGGGAAGAUGCAACAUAAUAAUACAGGUAGGACUUAUAUUAUGAGACAAAUAAAACAUAGAAGACCGAACAAGUGUGAAAACAGAAUGAAUACACAAUACAUGACAAAAAAUAGUAACAUUACACAUAAAAUGAUACAUUUUAAUGAAUGACUUAACCAUCGAAUGUAUGAUAUCAAGUUAUUAACACAAGCUUCAUCCAAUUCAGCUAAAACACUUUUAAUUUUGCGAAUAAGCUUAAAUAAAAUUUCCGAAACUAAUAAUUAAAAGCAUAAUUUAACGAGUCGACAGGUCGCAGUUUUUCGCCUCUCAUUGUAUCAAUAAAUUUCAGACUUUCAGCAAGUUUAGAACACGGUUUGUGGUGCAACUAGAUAACCUUCCGCAGCCAAACUACCUGCUUUUGUCUAUUAGUGCCAACUCAGCUAAAGUAACCCAAACUUCAAUGCCCCCUUAGUGAUAACCAGAUUGUUCAGUAAAACACAAAAACAUUUAUGUCAGCUAAAGAUAAAACCACUUAAUAAUAUACUGAAUGAAUCGUAGCUAAUAAAAUAGCAUUAACACUGCUAAUCUACGUUCGUGGCGAAAAUCUUAAAAUUCUUUUCUUUAAGAUUUGUAAAUGGCUAACAUGUCAAAUAUUAAAGAAAUAAAAAAAACUUCCAGAAGGCAAAAAAAUAAAAACACAAAUAGGCCUCCGAACCUCAACACCACAACAUUUAAAACGACUAUCAUAAAUAGCUUGGAUCAUUUCAUGUUGCUUAUUAAUUAUCCGUAAAAGUCGGACUUCGUGAUUGAUUUACUACGUGUGCGCAAUGAGAACAAAGACGGCAAUAAUAUAUCGGAUUUGUUAUUCCGUGCAAACAUAAACAUUCUGCGUGUCCAUCGCACAGCUUUUUUCUUUCCUAACGAGCAGGUACUUUUAAUACCGACAUAACAUUCCAUUUCUUACCAUUUAGAACACACUUCAUCAAAGCACAGACCAUACGAAUUCGCUUUGAAACUCAUAACUGCAAUGGCAUAUCAUCAAAACAGCAGUUUCCAAUUUAUUCCUUUAUACCUUACCAGUUACGACAAAGCAAUAACCCUUAUACCCUCUUUUCUAUUGGCAACACAAGAUGCCGGAUACAGGAUACCUAAGAACAUAAUGAGUUUAGUUACACGACUUUCAGGCGGAAAGAAACCAAUUAAAUCAAAAGAGAUGCUACCCAAAUUAAAUUUCUUUUUAAACAGAAUGAGAGCAACAUGUAAAAAAGUGGAGUCCAAAAAACAUAAAGAAUGUAGCGAAGGAGAUUGUGAUAAGGGAGCACUGUACGACAGUGUGAGCAAUUUAUCGUCAGUAUUCGCUUCCACUGCACCUUCGAAAUGGCCAUCAUUUCACUCAAUUGCUAAUUACGCAGAAGAUGGAGUUUUUCUACAACAUGAAGUCUUUUCGAAAAGCAACCUUGAACCAAUACCAGUAUAAUGGUAAUGAUGAUUCAAUGUGAAACCAAGAGUAAGCAGGAAAUCAUAAAUAAUAAUUUGUUGCCUGGUUGUUAUUACCCUUGUGAUAUGACACAUAAAUUUUGUAAUAUGUACAUAAGUUCUGUGAUAUGGCCCUUGUUUAUUUGAGGGCUAUCUUUAGCAUGUAUAAAUAUUUUUGAAAAAACUAAUGUAGAUUAUUUGUAAGCUAGAUUUUAA